UCUUACUUAUCAAUUCGCAAACGGCUUUGAGUCACAAACGAAGCAAGGAGCUUUGGUUCUGCAAGCCAAUUCGGCCUCUAACUCUUUUCUGUGUUCUAUACGUAAAUAAUCCUUAAAGCUACAAGUCAGAUUACUUCAAUUGAGGUAGUAGAUCACUCAUUUGUCGAAAGGUUCAGUCUAUCUUGUAACAACUUACCCUCCAAGCAUAAGAGAGUCCAAGCUUAGACAAGGGUCACCGAAUAGCUUCAAAGUCGAUAACGCUAUGGCCGAGCAAGACCAAACUUUCGUGGAUAUCAGGCCGCUGCUUCAGCGCCUAUGGCCCGACCCAGCUAAGGAAAAAGUGACCGCUAAAGAAAUUGCCGAUGCCCUCGCUCUCAUCUUCACCAACCAGCUUAGUCCCGUCCAGACCGGCUCGCUACUAACAGCUCUGCACUUCACCGGCUGGGACCGCCGUGCCGAUGUUCUCGCCGAGGCCUCCGCAGCUAUGCGCCGCCACGCCGCCAAGAUCGACUCCGGUGCUCUUGACGAAGUCAUUGCGAAGCGGCGGCGACCCGAGGGCAAGUAUAAUGGCGGGCUAUGUGACAUAGUUGGCACGGGCGGUGACUCUCACAAUACCUUCAACAUAUCAACCACAUCUUCUAUCCUCGCCUCCUCCCUCCUUCUACUAGCCAAACAUGGAAACCGUGCGUCGACAUCUAAAUCCGGCUCUGCCGACCUACUUAUGAACAUGCAACCGACGCCCGCGCAGCUAGGCCGCAUAAACCCCUCUACCAUUACCGACGUAUACGCGCGCACCAAUUAUGCUUUCCUGUUCGCCCCCGUCUUCCAUCCAGGCAUGAAGCACGUCGCGUCCGUACGCAAGGAGCUCGGCUGGCGUACCAUCUUUAACCUUCUCGGGCCCCUAAGCAAUCCCCUUGGCGACGCUAUCGAAGCCCGUAUGUUGGGUGUUGCCCGCGAUGACUUGGGCCCUGUGUUUGCCGAGGCUCUACGCAUAUCCGGCGCUAAGAAGGGCCUCGUCGUAUGCGGCAAGGAGCAGCUGGACGAGGUGUCGUGCGCCGGACCCACGCUAUGCUGGCAGUUGAUAGAACAUGCCAGCGGGACUAUAGACGUCGAGCACUUUACACUUGAGCCCGCCGAUUUUGGGCUAAGCACGCACCCACUGAGUACCGUGUCUCCCGGUCGCGAGCCGCACGAGAAUGCUGAAAUCCUACGGCGCCUGUUAAACAACGAGCUACCACCUAACGACCCGAUCCUCGAGUUUGUAUUAAUCAACACGGCUGCGUUCCUAGUCGCUGCAGGGAUCUGCGAGGCGGACGAAAGCGCCAUGGGAUCCGGUGAUGACGGAAAGGUUAUUAGGGAGCGCGGGCCAGGAGGCGGUCGCUGGAAGGAGGGUGUACGCCGUGCGCGAUGGACUAUAGAGAGUGGCGAAGCGUGGAAGCAGUGGAGUGCUUUUGCCGAGGUUACGAAUAGCCUACCCGCUUAAGACUCGUGCUGUUUCUUAGGGACGCUGAUUUUUUAGGACAUAAGAAGACUUAUGUUUUUGAUUUCUCUGUUUCAAGUUGUGAUACCAGAAACAAGGACGAAGUGAUAAGCAUGUUGGGCUACAUCAGCUGUAAUUGAUGUCUACGACGGGACGGAUGUGAAAUCGGGAAAGAAAGGAUAGAAAAAGGUCAUCACAUUAACUUGGCACGGAAAAGGGGUAUAAGAGGAAUUUAACUCGAGAAGGAUACCUAUAUCUAAUAUACUUAUAAGUUCCUUUGGUUAACUCUUUGGAUUCCAGUGGCAUUUACUGAUAAGAGACGGAAGUACAUGCUUUGUAUAUCACUGACGACAGGUGUUCUAUAAGGGGUCAAAUCGGUCAUAUAUCAGUGGUCAUAUAUCAGUAUGCAUAAACCCGUCUAUCACAAUAGUCAAACCAGACUGAAGACACGUCAAGGUAAAC